AUGCCAGAGCAGCCAAUCUCCAGCAGACUCAGCCUUGCGCAAGCUGUCGUCAGUGCCAAUAGCCGCUCGAAGGCCAUCAGCCUAGGAAUAGAAACCGGCAAAACCGCCGAGCAAGAAGGCUGGGGUGAAGGCCAUCCCGUGAUCAAAGUCUUAGGGCGAGAAAUCAAGGUUCUAAAACGGUGGGGUUAUAAUCCCCAAGAAGGCAAACCAACGGAAGAACCAAGCCCAGAGCAAGCUGUUGGGAACGCUGCUGCCCUUUCUGCCGACAUCUUGGGCAAGGAGGGUUCAGAUGGUUCAGAGACAUCGCCCCCUCUUUGGGGCGUGGAUCUUGAAGCCCUAAGAAGUGCUCAGGGCAGUGGUCCGAGCCCUGCUACGAAAGGCAGCACAAGUCUUCCAAUCUUCACGCCGAAUUCUGCAAAAUCAUAUCUCUACAGAUCUUUUACUGAGGCGGCUACAGAGACUACAGAGACUGACAUUGGCUCCAGUAAGACGAAACGCAGGUCGGCAAAGCAAUUGGAAGUCGAGAAAGAAACUUGCUUGGGUUUCUUGUUGCAAGCCGUCGACCUGGUCUGCCAGUCCUGGGCCAGCACUCUAAGCAAAGAGGAGCUGGAUAGACGUGCUUGGGCCUGGUAUCUUCGCGUGAGACCGGAUGUUCGGAGUGGGCCAGGAGGUUGGGGUGAAAAAGGGCAAGUGAAAUUGUCAGAUAUAUUGGCGCUCCGAAGAAAUUCUUGA